CGUCAAAGUAAACGUCAUGUCUUGUCAAAUUUUCUAGUCGUUUGUAGCUAACUUCAGAUUCUGUGUUCACAGAUCAACGCAGUUUAGUUCCUUUGAAAUAUUGGAUUCGUUUAGAUGUGCUUUGGACAUGCAGUGAUUACAAAAUGUUGUUAGUAUUUGGACGUGGAAUCGGUUUCAUAGUUUUACUGAGUUUGUUAUCGUGCGUUGUAUGUUUGCGUCAAUAUGGAACGCCGGGUAACACGUUAUACGUAGCCGAAGACUUGGAGCAGAGUCGUGGAAAAUUGCAAAUUAUCAAUAGAAACACAGAGAAUGAAGACGGAUUUCAUUUGGAAAGGAGAAAACGUGAAGCUGCAACAUUAACGACUCCCGCUAUACAGAAAAACAUAAGUACAUGGACAACUCAUCUAAAUGACAGUCAUCAGCAAUUGAUGGUCCACUGGGUGGGUGAAGGGUCCAAUGUGAUCAUCUGUCUGGCUCGGGACUCUAGUCCUAGAAACAAAGGAGGUUUAUCACCAUCAGCACUCUUUAUAUCUUAUGACUAUGGCAAGAACUUCACCAAUAAGACUGAGAGCUUCAAACUGGGUGAUGAGCCAGAUAGUGGAUAUGCACAACUGGAUAAGUUCUUCAACCAUCCGAAAUAUCCUGAAUUUUGUGUGUUCGUGGACUCGACAAACAAGAAGCUUUUCUACACGAGUGACAAUGGACGCACCAUCCACCGUUCGGACCUCUCUUUCCACCCCAGCGAGCUAUCUUUCGACGAGGAGUUUCCCGACAAAUAUGUUAUUUUGGACAAAGUCGUCACUAACAGAAAACUGUACCUGACCCUAGACGGAGGUAAAACGUUCAAGAUGAUCCAAAGUUACGUGAAAACCUUCUUCUGGUCUUCGGGACCUGGUUUCUCCAAGGUGUUUUACAUGGAGCGGUGGAAGCCUGAUGGGACGAGCACAGUGUUCAGUGCGAGUGAUCCGACCGACCUGGUCAACGCUGAGAUAUUGUUCGAGGAGGCCAAAGACUUCCAAAUCAAAGGAGAUUACAUGUUUGCCACCAAACAAUCCAAAGACAGAAACACACUAGAUCUGUACAUUUCACAUCAAAGAGGACCAUUCUACAAAGCUAUGUUCCAAACUGAAUUAGACCUAAAAAGAUUCCACAUUGCAGACGUUACAGACAAACGUAUAUUCGUCUCUGUCAUGCACACUGAUGCCCUAGCGAAUUUGUACGUGUCAGAGAUAAGCAACAAUUUCACGCAGUACAACUUUGUGUUGAGUUUGGAACAGAUUUUGUGCUAUUUCCCCGAUGCUAACUGGAAGGACAGCUGGCUUGAGGAUGUGACCGAAGAUCCAUUUACGGAUUUGUACCGUGUUGAAGGAUUGAAGGGAAUCUACAUUGCUUCGCGUGUGGACUCGAAGGCUCCUGUGGCUAAUAUUGGACCUGAACAUUUGAUCUCGCUGAUUACUUUCGACCAUGGAGUCACCUGGUCUCCUAUUAAUCCACCCACUGAAGAUGAGAAUGGUAAACCACUAAACUGUCACAUUGAGAAUUCUUGCAGUCUGCACCUAUGUCAGAAGUUCAGCCAACUGUACCCAGUUACCAGGUCCGCAAGUAUAAUGAGCUCGAAAUCAGCACCAGGAAUUAUUAUGGCCACCGGUGUCAUGGGCAAGUCACUGAAAGGAAUACCCGGCGUGUACAUCAGUCGGGAUGCCGGUCUCACGUGGAAGAGGAUUCUCAAAGACUACUACUUCUUCAACUACGGUGACCACGGCGGUGUUCUUGUAGCUGUCAAGUACUUUAAAUCUCGUGGUGAAACGAGAAAGAUACUGUAUUCAACGAACGAAGGCAUCGAAUGGAACUCUUAUCAGUUCAAUGCCGAUGACCUGCGCAUCUACGGACUAAUGACCGAGCCCGGAGAGAAUACGACAACGUUUACUAUGUUCGGCUCUGCAAACGAUCAGCAUCAGUGGAUUAUAAUUACAAUCGACCUACGUAAUACUUUCGCCCGCAACUGCACUGAUGCCGACUACAAGUACUGGUCUCCUUCACCUCCUAACUCCUCAGUCUCCUGUGUGCUCGGUACCAGAAACACUUUCCAGCGACGUCUCGCCCACACGAACUGCUACAACGGAAUAGAUUACGACAGACCAUUCAAAAAGGAGACUUGCGAAUGUAGUCGCAGAGAUUUCGAAUGUGAUUUCGGAUUCAUGCUCGCUGGCAACGAAUGUAUUCAUAACAAAUCCUCAAAAUAUGACCCAUACGCCGUUCCCGCAGAUUGUCAGCCUGGUCAUUUCUACUGGCGCACUAAGGGCUAUAGGAAAAUCGAUGGAGACGUAUGCAGUGUUUCUGGUUACAUGGCGUACGUACCUGAUUUAAUCCCCUGUCCUCUUGAAGAACCAACAGAAUUCAUGUUAGUCGCCCUUGGCAAUAAAAUCGCUCGCAUUGACCUGACUGAAAACUCGACUAUAUACCCCGUGGUGAACGAAAGGAACAUUGUUGCCAUUGAAUUUGACAUAAAGAACAACUGCAUCUAUUGGGCUGACAUAGAAUUGGAUAAGAUCAGUCGACAAUGCUUCAACAACGGCACGACACAAGAGGUCAUAGUCGACAGAGACCUCGCCAGCAUAGAAGGAAUGGCGUUUGAUUGGAUUUCCAACGUUUUGUUCUUUGUUGACGGUUUGAGGAAGAAGAUUGAAGCUGUAAGAAUAGAUAUGAUCAAGGAAACCAGAAUGAGAGUCACAAUUUUGGAUUCGAAAGUCUUAUCGCGCCCCCGCGGUAUUGCAGUACAUCCAAAAGCAGGCUUUCUAUUCUGGACAGACUGGGAUAGGAACAACCCAUCAGUUUCUAGGUCAAACCUUGACGGAAAGGAUGUUGUGAAACUGUUCGGGAAGCCAAUAGUGCAGUGGCCAAAUGGCAUAACAAUCGAUCAGAUGUCGGAGAGGAUAUACUGGGUGGAUGCUAUGGAGGACUACAUCGCUAGUUCUGAUUUGAAUGGCAAAUACUUUAAACGUAUUUUCUCCAACGACCAGAGGGUAACGCAUCCAUUUGCUGUAGCGGUACUAAAAGACAAGAUGUACUGGGACGAUUGGAAAGAGAAAUCGAUAUUCGUUGCUGACAAAGAUACUGGACUGAACGUGAUGACGAUUAAUGAUUCGUUUGUCGGUUUGAUGGAUUUGAAGGUGUUCGCUCACUUCGUGCAGUACGGCAGCAAUGCCUGUUCGUACAAGAAUACUAGUUGUGAUACAAUUUGUUUGGGUGGGCCGGGCAAUACAUUCAGCUGCCUGUGUCCUGAUGGGCUGACGAUGAUUGGUGGCAAGUGCAUGUGUUCCAACAACACGGAGCCUUACGCGAACAUGACGUGCCCCGAAACUGCAGUAUCUACUUGUGGACUGGACGAGUUUACAUGCAAGAAUGGGAAGUGUAUAUCGUCUUUCUCCCGUUGCGACGGUAACAACGAUUGUGGAGACCUUUCAGAUGAGAUCGGUUGUCUCUGUGUACCGCCGAUGAUCAUGUGUGAUAAUACUAGGUGCUACCUGCCCCAUUGGAAAUGCGACGACGAUAUCGAUUGCGCAGAUAUGAGCGAUGAAAAAGACUGUGGACACCGAAAUUGCUCAGAGAAUAAAUUCCAAUGUGACAACGGCCACUGUAUAGAGAAGCGUUGGUUGUGUGAUGGAGACAACGACUGUAAGGAUGGAUCUGAUGAACGGAACUGCACGAUUCCAAGGAAACGUCCGGAUAUAGUGGAAAGUUGUUCCGGUAACGGUUUCGCGUGUAGCAAUGACAGCAGUAUGUGUAUCCCCAACUCGUGGGUAUGUGACGGCGAGAAGGACUGUGAUAACGGAGAGGAUGAAAGUGAACAGCGAUGCAAGGACUCCACUUGUGCUCCUUACAUGUUCAGGUGUCCCAGCGGGAAAUGUAUAUUCAAAUCUUGGGUCUGCGACGGUGAAAACGAUUGCGGUGACGAGCACUCCUCGGAUGAAAAGAACUGUUCCAAUUCCCAGCAUUCCAAAUUGCUCCCUAUUCCUGGCACAGAGAAGCCCAAUUUCUCUAGCAACGAGACAUGUUUGCAGUGGAUGUUUAAAUGUGACAAUGGAAACUGUAUGCCCGACUGGUGGAGGUGUGAUGGUAUUGACGAUUGUGGGGACAAAUCUGACGAGAUCGGUUGUAGUCUCGACCUGCCACCAGAGUUGAUGCCAGUUACCCCUGAACACCACACACCGUACACUAAGAAGUGUGGCAAGAACGAUUUUACUUGUGCACCUGGUCGUUGUAUCCCGCUGGGCUGGGUGUGCGACGGGGCGGUGGACUGCGAGGACGGGUCGGACGAGCAGUCGUGCCGCGGCCACAGCAGCGUGACGCCGCGCUGCGGGCUCCUGCAGACUCCCUGCAGGGACGGCGCCGCCUGCAUCCGCACCGACCAGCUCUGCGACGGAGUCUUCGACUGCGAGGACAAGAGCGACGAGAUCAACUGUCCCGGCACUUCUACCCGCAAGCCAACGGUAGAAUGUCAGCACGGCUACUUGAUGUGUGACGACGGAACUAACUGCGUGCCCCAGGUGAGCGUGUGUAACGGCCGACAGGACUGUUACGACGGCAGCGACGAGCUCAACUGUACCAGCGACCCUAGCGAUAACACUCAUGUCUACCAGUUCCUAAGCAUUGGCGUGGACCAGUCUUCGAUAAACUCGACGAGCUUCUUGAUUUCGUGCUGGAUGGCUCAGCAGAAGAUGGUGAUGUACAGCUUCCUACCUUCCAUCUCUAAAGUCAGUGAUGGUGUGUGGCACAACAAGACUUGGACCAACGACAGUAUUUACAGGUUUACAGAUCUGGAGCCUUAUACCAACUACAAUGUGACUUUCUACAUCAGAGACAGCAAAUCAAACAAAACUUAUGCAUCCAUGAAGUAUGUGAACACUACCACUGGAGAAGGAAUGCCGUCACCACCAAUCCGCCUAAGCGUCCGUCAGCUGAUCGGCCGCCGUAUCAACGUAGUAUGGGACCGGCCGGAGUUUCCACGCGGUGAUAUUAAAUUCUACACUCUGUACUACGCGCCGCCAUUACCGCCUGUCGCCAAGGUCAUCCCGGCCACUAGCUCCAAGUCCAUGUCUGUAGAUGUUACCGGGUUCUUCAAGCCUUUCAACAACUAUUCCUUCUGGGUGACAGCAACAAACAACGCUCUCACAUCAACAUCCUCCCAAGUAAUGAACAUAACGUUUGACCCGGCGAAUGAUGUAGAUGACCUAGUCAACGCUAGUCUGACGCGACUCAAUGCCAGCUCCGUAAGACUGGACUGGCAUCUCAUCAGGAACGUGGACGGAUAUGUUGUGAGGGUACGACUGCCUCCAGAAUAUGCGAUGCGAGACCCAAUAGUUACGAAGGCAACUAACAUUACAUUGACAAACCUACCACCGGGAGUUCUAAUAUACAUUGACAUAAAGGCCUACAAGAACGACGUAUAUGGCGAUCCGUUUACGAUUCCUCUCCGUACCGAGGGCACGCAGGACGAGACCCUGAACUUCACAGCUAUAUUGUCCAAGGAAAGGAAGACUUCAGUCUAUGUGUCUUGGAGUCCGCCUACUGGUGACCGGUAUAAGAACAAAGAGCUGGAGUAUGAAGUACAUUAUACCAAUAUGAUUCAUAGGACUACCAGCCCCGGAGAGAUGUCCAAUGAUACUCGUAUCGUAACAAAGAACACAAGUGUGCUUAUAGAAGGUUUACACGCGUGCGAGACGUACAUAUUCACUGUGGGAAUUCUCGGCGGUCCACUCAGCUUGUUCAAGGGAAUCAUUACACGUGAGAACGACAAGGCUCCUGUAAAGAACUUGCACGUUGAAUACGAUGAGGAUAAAGGCGAAAUGAAGAUCUUGUGGGACGCCAACUGUAACGCUCUGAAGACACCGACAACUUACUCGCUGGAUAUAACGGAGCUGACGUAUAACAAAGAGAGUCACUACGAGCUGUCUCCGUCGGGACACCCCAGUUAUUCGCACACGAUCCUCAAUGUACCGAUCGGUGGAAGAUACAACAUCUGCGUGCAUGUGUCGGUAGAGGGCGCGAGCGUGCAGUGCCGGCGCGUGCGAGGCCAGCGCCUGCAGCCGCCCAGCGAGGUGCUGGCCUGGCUGUCGCCCAACGGGCACAUCAUGGUCAGCUGGGCCGCCGCGCGCGUACACGACGGGCAUGAGUACGAAGUGAUAGUAUCUGAGAAGGAGAUACCAGAAGACUUGCUCCAGCCUACAGAAGAUAUGAAGACUAUGAAGGCGGAGAUGUCGCCGUGCUUGAUGACGGCGCCUGAUGACGUCACGGGCCCGCUGUACGUGGGAGUGAGGGUCGUCACUCCCGACGGGUACUACAGCGACCUCAGCGAGGUGCACACCUUGACUAUGGAGGGAUCAGAAAUUGAUGAGCCAUCAGCUCUUCGCGCAAUGUGGUGGGGCUGGGGCGGAGCCCUGCUGGUGUGCAUCGUGCUGGGCGGAGCCCUACUGCACGUGGCGCUCAGGCACCGCCGCCUCGCGCGGUCCUUCCUCAGGUUCACUGCGCACACGCCGCGGUAUGAUAGCAGGCGGGGACAGGCCAUCAUUGGCGAAAAUGACGACGAUGACGUGCCUCCUAUCCACGGGUUCUCGGACGACGAGCCGCUCGUGAUCGCGUGAGCUGUCCGCCCGCGCCCACUAAUGUGAUGUAACCGUGAUCUUGUCAAAAAAAUAGUAUUUAUUUUUUCAUAAAAAGAAAACUUGCACGUUUUAAAGCAAAUCUUUAAUCUGCUUGUGGUUGUAAAAUUAUGUUAGUUACAAUAGUCGAAUUCAAUUGCUUCGCCACGAUUGAAACAUCGAUAGAGCGCAUCGACAGAAUUAUAAUGAUGAUUAUUAUUAUUAUUUUCUAUUUGAAAUGCCCCGAGUAUUAUUAUUUUAUUCUGAAUCAAAUUAUAAUUAUUUUAGUUUUAUAAUCGCUGCGUACGUUUCUCUGGCACUGUAUGAACUUUAGCCGAAUUAGUGACAAUGGUAGAGUGGCAGGGGAACGUACGCAACGCGACCGACGGGCUGUAAAUGGUAAGACUUGUUAAAUUAUGUUAAUGAUACGUAAAGACAUAAGAUUUAAGUUUCCGGGCAUAUCGGAAUCGUUGUAGGUAACAUGAACAAUUCUCAUUUCAUUAUAAUAAUUCGGCACCAAAGAAUAGAAGUACAAUGUAAAGAGAUAUUAACAUCUACGCUGUUGUUACAUUAUAAUGGAUCUCGACAUUCCCAAUAUGUGUAGUGUUUUUUUUACUUUAGUUCCUAUAGAACGUUUUAGUGCCGCGUCAUCUUAUUUGACCAGUCUCGUGAAAUUGUUAAGUUAUCGUUAUAUGGCUGGGCUCAUAUAUUGUGUAAACUAAUAACAUAAUUAAAUAAAUGUUUAAAAGGCCAG